UUCGGGAAGCCCGACAUCAAAAUAAAAAUUCUGCCAACUCGUCGUGGAAGACGUCAAAAACUAUAACAUCAUUUCUUUACGCGACAAGAAAAAAACGUAAAUAACCAAAUUAAUUGUUUAUUCGUAACGUUACAAGUGCGCUGCGCAAUCGAAUAUCGUCUUCAGACACCGCGCCCCGAGCAAGACAUGGUGUCAAGUUGAGAGUCGAACAAUUCAAGCGAAUGUAGUGAAAUACGAAAGAAAAACUCUAAAAAGACAUUUAAUGUUUGCAAGAUGUCGUGGUUCAACACAAGUCUGAAUUCCAUCAAGGGCCAAAUAACAACAUUCGCGCAAGAGGUCCUGGCCGAGAAUGCUACGGAGGAGGAGGAGCAAAACCCCGCGGAGCUGCUUCUGGUGUCUCAGCAGAAAAACGAGGAAUUGACUUCAUUGUGCGCAACGAAAGAUUCCGAGAUUGCUUCGCUUCGCAAACAGAUAUCGGAACUCCUUGCAAAAAAUUCAGAUAAUAAUGGACGUUCUUCGAAAUCAGCAUUGGCAAUUGACAAAAAUGCUAGUCUCGAAGAUAGUUGGUGCUGGGAGCCAGACAACAUUCCAUCCGAGUCGUCCGGAAAACCCGAUCAUGAACGAAGUUCGGAAUCAUCUAGUGGCGGAGGUGAGCUGAUAGCGAUACCUCUCGACAGUCAAAGCAGCCACGACAGCGAAAUAAUCGAAAAAUAUCAGCGGUUCUUGGAUGAUAGAGACGCUCGAUUGAAGCAAGUAACAUCCGAAAAUGCCACUCUCUAUGAGAAAAUCAACAAGCUGACCGAUGAAAAUGUCGAACUUCAAUCUAAUCUGGAAGAGUUGGAUAAUCAGCACAACACGGAAAUGAAGCAAGUGUUAGAUUUAAAGAAUGACUGGCAGAAUAAAUGGAAUCUUUUGAAUAGUGAACACAAAGCUUUGGUGCAAGAACAUGACUUGAAAGUGAAAGCGAUUCAGAAGAAUUAUGAUACACUGCAGAAGAAAUUUGAAAGUAUUCAAACUGCAUAUACACUGUACGUCCAAGAGAAUGAAGUUUUGAAGCUGGAGUUAGAAAAGGCAAAAGGAGAUAUCAAAAACCUGGAAGAUGAGAAAGUAUCGAUUUUGGAGUUUAAUUCCAAUGCUAAAGAAUUGCAGGCUAAAGUUGAAGAGCUCCAGAAACAACUAAGUGAAGUUGAAAACCAAAAGGCUGAACUGGAAACCAGAAUUGCUAACGAAACUGCCAAAAAAUUCAAAGAUGAAGAUGGAUUCAUUGUGCUUCAAAGUGAGGACUUAACUGGGAAUAAUUAUGAGCAAAAGUGUAACACGUUGCUAGCUGAAAAGGAAAAGCUUCAGCUGGAACUUGAAACGCUCCAGAAUGAAUUCGAUACUAUGAAAACAGAUCGUGAUACUAUGAAGACUUCUCUGGAGGAUAAAAUUAAUUCACUACAAACUAAAUUAGAAGAUCUGAAGGCAAACCAACCAACUCCAGCUCACGAGAAUGAGCUCGAACAGUACAAAAAACAAAUUUCUACCCUAAGUGAAUCACUAGAGAGCAAUGAAUCGAGCACUGCCGAACUAAAAACGGAAAAUAUUAAACUUCAAAAACAAAUAAUCGAUUUGGAGUCAUCCAUCAACAAGAGUAAUGUGAAAACUAACAACGAACAAACUGAUAGUAGCAAUUCACUGAAUUUCAAUGAUUUGAAUCAACUCAUAACAUCAUACACGAAAAUUGACUUGCCCACCGUUGUCGAUAAAUCAUCUUUGGAAAAUGUAUUCAAAUCAAUAGCAGACAAAAUAUGGAAAGUUGAAAUACUCGAAAAAAAUUUGAAAGAAAUGGCCGAUGAUGUAUUGCGUUUGAAAAAUGAAAAAGCAUCUAUCGAUCACGAAAGGGGAACAUUACAAGCUGAUAUUGAACACUAUGAGGUGGAAUGUGCAGAACUUAUGAAAAAUAAUGAAAUUUUGCUGAACGAAUUGGAGAACUACAAGAGGAAUAAACUGGAGACAAUACCAGAGAAUAAUGAAGAAGGUAUAGUUAUGAUGGAGAAACAACUCGAGGAGUCCAACAGUUACUUGCGAAAUCUCGAAGAACAGUACAAUGAGACAGUAGAAAGGCUGAUGCAAGCCGAUGAGAAACGGUAUGAACUGGAAGAUAUGAUAGAAGGCUUGCAAGAGUCAAAUGCGAACUUGACAACUGAAAUUAAAACCCUCGAAAAGCAAAUUGAGUCCUUGGAGAAUGAAAAGAGUAAUCUUAUCUUUGAAAUCAAUGAAAUGAAAACUGACGAUAAAAAAUCAGCCGUGGAAAAUGAGAUUCUAGAUUAUAAAAACAAAAAUGAAAAGCUACGACUUGACUGUGAACAGUUGAAUAAAGAACUUUCUGAGUUGCGCUUACAGCAGACUAGCGCCAGUGAAACAGAAUCGUCUGCACAAGUGAAAAACUUGCAGCAUUCACUGGAUUUGGUACUUUCCCAAAAAGCUGCUUUAGAGAACGAAAUGCAAAUUUUGCAGUCACAGUUCGAACACUACGAAUUAAAGUGUUUACACUUGAAAGACGAUAAUGAAAUGCUUCGUAAGGAAAUCGAAGAAGCUCAGACUAAACUAUCGAAGCAAGACGCAUCUGAAGCUGCAGAUGAACUCCGGAAGCAAUUAGAGGAGGCGAAAGGCAGCGCAAUGUGCAUCGAAGAUAGAUUCAAUGAAAUAUCGCAGAAAUUGGCUGAUGCUGAGAUUCAAAACAAUGAGUUGCGCUCCGAGUUGACUGGACAAAGAGAUAAUAAUACGAAUUUAAUGUCAGAACUUGUAACUCUUAAGUCUCAAGUCGAAACGUUAGAAAGUGAGAAAAAUAAACUAGUAUUUGAAAUUAAUGAGCUACGAACCGACGACAACAAAUCAGAAGCUAUAAUGAAAAUAAAACUUGGUGAAUAUGAAUCUAACAUAAUGAGUUUGGAAGCUCAACUUGAUCGGCUCAGUAAAGACCACGCUGAUUUGGUUGCUGCAAUGCAAUCACAAAAAUCAAAUUUUUCUGAAAAUCGUAAGAAAUCCGAAGAGAGGAUUUCUUCGUUGGAACAGCGACUAAAAGACAAAGAAUUAGUAUCUAAGAACUCGGAUGCAGAAUCAGAGGAAAAUAGACAAACAAUUGAGAGACAACGGCAAAAAAUUGCCGAAUUACAAGAGAAGUUGAAUUCUCAAGAAGACAUGAGCAACAACAGCUUGACUGCAGAAGUAAACCAACUAAAACAGCAACUGGAAACACUUACUCAGGAGAAGACUAAUCUGAUUGCCACCAUAACAACGAAACACAAUGAAAACACACAAUAUUACAUGGAAAUUCAACGUCUCAGCCAAUUACUUCAAGUCGAAUUGGAAAAACCAAAACAAUCCGCUACGUCCUGCAAAAAUUGUGAACAAUUGCAAGCAAACCUUGAGCAGAAUAUGGCCUCAAAUGCAGCAGAAUUGGAGAAAUUACGUGACCAAAUCAAUUUUCUCAAGGAAAAAUCCGAUAUUCUAACAACAAACCUAAUGUCAGAGCAAACUAAUCAGAAACUACUAAUGCAAGAGAAAUCAGAAUUGAUGGAGAAAAAUUCUAUGUUGCAACGAGACUUAGAGCGGUUACGUGAGCAUCUUGUGGAAAUGGAAGAAGCUCAUACGACUGAAACUUUAGAAUUGCAAAAUUCUAUGGAAGAUACGAAAGCGAAAAUGUUGGCAUUGCAAGAGGAGGUCUCGAAUUCAAGCAAUGCUUAUACAUCAGCUAGUAUACGAGCUUCUCAACACGCAGAGACACUUCAGGCCCAGUAUUUAUUAGUGUGUCAACAGCGGGAUGAAUAUGUUGCCAAACUGAGCGCUGCUGAAGAUAAAGAGUCGAAAAAUCAAGCUGCUCUUGUUAACCUACAAUGUGCCUUGGAACAGUUCCAAAAGGAAAAAGAAGCUGAUAUUCAGUCGGCAACACUUCGUUUGCGUAAAGAAUUGCAGAGCGAACGCGAGAAACAAACCGAGCUUCAAAAUGAAAUCAAAUCUUUCCAAGCCAAACUAGCAGAAGCAAAUCAAGGUUUAUUGGCUGCAUCGCGAUUAUCAGAUCAACUAGAAAUCAGCCAAGUUACGAUUGCUUCUUUAAAAGAAGAAAUCGUUAAACAGCAAGAAAAGAUCAUAGCGCUAGAUGGGAAACUCAAAAAUACGGAACAGAGUCAAGCAGAUAAAGUAGAAAAGAAUCUAGUCAAAAGUUUACUUAUCGGAUACAUCGUCAGUUCAAACCAGAACGAUAAAAAUCAAAUUUUAAAAUUGAUAACGACCGUCUUGGAUUUUACACCAAACGAGACGGAUCGAGUGGGCUUGAAUAAAAGUCAUACUGGGUGGUUAACAGGUCUCUUGCACGGAGCCGGUGGUCAGACAGGAACCGAUCAUAGCAAAGAUAGCUUGGUUCAAGCUUUCGUAAAUUUCUUGGAGAAGGAAUCACAGCCACGUCCAUCAGCAGCCAACAUGCCUAACUUGCUUCAAAUCACCCAGGAGAACAAAUACUCAUCAUCGGCCGCAACAUCGCCUGGGACAAGUACACAGCAGUCAGCGAGAAAGCUUUCACAGCAAAGUAACAGUUCGAACCCAUCAUCGUCCGGAAUACAGCCUAUUCUAUUAAAUGAAAGCGUUUUGGAGCAAUUCGCCCCAACAAGGAAUUCCAGUUCUAUUCUAAAGGAUAUCCUCAGCGAUUCUUGACUCAAUUCAAUAAAUUAGACUUACACACAAUUAGAUAAUGUAUAAAUAUAAAUUAUUAUUUUUAUAUCGAAAGAAUUUGCAAAGAUUGAGAAAGAGUGAUGAUGCGAUGAUGUAAAGUUGGUGAUUUUGUAUCUUUAAAAUUGUUUGAUUUCUUCCGUUAAUUCAAUUGAAAUAAUGUGUAAACAAUAAAACUCCUGUUAAUUUAUA